ACAGAAAUCUCGUUGACACUUUCCUUCCCCCUUGUAGGUGGGGGGCUGAUGAGUGGAGGAGGUUGGACUUAAUAAUGCAGCUAGCGGAGCGAUGCUUCCCUCCCACUACUAACCUGCCCAAGACUACUUUCUACAGCUUGUCAGCCUCUCCAGACGGCCGGAGCCCCGCGUCCUCACACCUCGAGUUCCCGGAGACCGAUCGCGGUGAGCCGGUGCAGGAGAACGCCGAGCUCCCCAAGAAGUUUGCCGGUGCAGGCAUGCUGACCGAGAGCGAGAGCCACGCAUUCGCCGCCUCCAAGGGCGCGGCGGCGGCCGUGGAUCGGGCGAAGAGCUCGCCCGCGGUGGACGAGGACUUGACCGAAGUUCGCUACAGUCUGGACGGCAUGGGAGCCGAGAGAUAUUUUCUGUCGCCCGUGGCCCCGCAGAACUUGAGUCCGGGGCAUCACCAUCAGCAGCCGCCGCCACCGCAAUCUCAGCAACAGCAGCAAGCCGGGUCCACUGCGGGCCCUCUGCUCCCCUACCCCGCUCAGCACCCACCCGCCUUCCCCGUUAACGGCGCCAGCAGAUACCUGGGUCCACACUCCGUGCUGGCGAACGGCGCCUACAAUCCGAUCCUGACCCCGGCCGGAGCGCAGGCUUUCCCCCCUUCGGCUUAUCCGUCUUACCCCGGAUCGGGGCGCUCCCAGUACGCACAUGGUUACCAGGGCGGCCCGCUCUACUCCCAGUACCAGCCGAGUAUCCCGCACCCUACCCGAGCACAGGUCUACCUCUGCAACCGGGCUCUCUGGCUCAAAUUUCACCGACACCAGACCGAGAUGAUUAUCACCAAACAAGGCAGGCGCAUGUUCCCUUUCCUGAGUUUCAAUAUCUCCGCCCUGAACCCGACGUCCCAUUACAACGUGUUCGUGGAAAUUGUGCUGUCCGACCCCAAUCACUGGAGGUUUCAGGGAGGGAAGUGGGUGACCUGCGGGAAAGCUGACAACAACAUUCAAGGUAACAGAGCUUACGUCCACCCUGAAUCUCCAAACACUGGGGCUCACUGGAUGAGGCAAGAGAUUUCCUUCGGGAAGCUUAAGCUGACUAACAACAAGGGUGCAACCAACAACAGCACUCAGAUGGUGGUGUUGCAGUCUUUACAUAAAUACCAACCACAGCUGCAUAUCGUGGAGGUGAGUGAAGAUGGUGCAGAAGAUAUCAGUGACUCCUCAAAAACCCAGACUUACACCUUCCCUGAAACCCAGUUUAUUGCAGUGACUGCCUAUCAGAACACUGAUAUCACACAGCUCAAAAUUGAUCACAAUCCAUUUGCCAAAGGUUUUAGAGACAACUAUGAUUCUAUGUUCACGGCUCCAGAGAAUGAUCGAUUGACCCCGUCACCCACCGAUUCUCCUCGGUCCCAUCAGAUCGUACCCGGAGCCCGUUACACCAUGCAGCCUUUCUUCCAAGAUCAAUUUGCCAACAGCAUACCAUCCGCCCGGUUCUACAAUGGUGAGCGAACAGUCCCCCAAACGAGUGGCAUCUUGUCCUCUCAACAGGCGGAGGAGUCAGGCAACCCACCGCAGAGGUGGUUUGUCACUUCUGUGCAGCAGCCUGGGACCAACCGGCUGGACUUCACCUCUUAUGAUGCAGAUUAUGCUACAAAUGCUUUGCUGCCCUACGGCCUCAAGCCUCUGCCCAUCCAAUCUACUCAUUCUCUGAGCUACUAUCCUGACCCAACAUUUGCUUGGGGCUCCAGGAGUUCCCAGUACCAGAGAAAGAUAGCCCCUGGGUUAACGUGGUCCUCCAGGACGAGCCCUUCCACUUUCCCAGAAGACCAAGUGUUGUCCAAUGAGGAAAAAUCAAGAGAAGAAGCCAACUCACCGUGGAUCGAAACUCCUCCAUCCAUCAAAUCCAUGGACUCUGACUCUGGACUGUAUGAAAAUGCCUGCAAACGGAGAAGGGUCUCAGCUGGAAACUCCAGCACUGAGAGCUCCCCAACAAUCAAAUGUGAGACUAUUACUCCAAAAGAGUAUAGCAAAGAUGGUACAAAAGCGAUGGGCUAUUAUACUUUCUACACCAGCCCUUAAUUAAAGAGUAUUUCUGUGGUUUGUAUGUAUAUACCUAAUCCAUUUGCCAAAUGUCAAAAUGGUCUUAUGUGUGCCAAAAAGACUGAACUUUACUUCCAUCUUUAGGAACUGACUUUGUACAGUCUAUUAGUGCAAUCAAAUUUUUAAGAAGGUGCCAAAGCUGUCUGAAUGCUGUAAGCAACAAGAUGGACAUAUUCUAGCUAACCCUGUUCUCAAUGUUACAUCCCACAAUAUAUAGUAUUAAUUUUAGAAAGAAUUUCUUGGGGCGGGGGAGGGACUGAUUGACUUUUAUCAUAUGUGGUUUUAUUUAUUUGAAGGUACAUUGAUGUACAGUUCCUGUUCUGUAUAGUCCUCUGUAGAAUAGGUGCAGUAUAAUGUAAAGGAAAAUGACCAGUGUUAGUUCAAAGUAAAAUCCAGUCCAUCGAUGUGUACAGAUUAAGCAAAAACAGCUCGAUUCAAGCAUUACAUUUUUUCAAAAGCAAUAAAAUAAGACUGUGGAUUUCAACAUUCCAAGGGGUUCUGUGAGAAGGGAACCAUGUACCUGUAGAAUCUUGAUAAAUGCAUAACUAAUGCACUUAAUCUUAGCAACUUCCCAUGUGCUGUUCACUUACCAGAGUUAGAAUUGUGUAUAAAACUUAUUGGCAGAUUAGUUCUGUGUUUUUUCAGGCUUCAGUCGGCCAUUUGAUUGUAAUUUUGGAAAUUAAA